AUGGAUCCCCAUGAGAUGGUCAUCAAGAACCCGUACACCCAUAUCAGCAUCCCCCGGGCUCACCUGCGGCCCGACCUGGGGCCCGGGGAGGCUCCCCGCUCAGAGCCACUGCCUCUGCCUGUGGGGCCCUGCACCCCAGAGCCCGUCUGCCUCCUGCAGCCCACUGAUGAGCUCCCAGGGCCCAAGGGCACAGAGGGGGCCUGGCAGCGCCCGGAAGGGCUGGGCUGUGCCAGCCGGCCACCCAUGGGGCGCGGGGAUGACAUCGCCCACCAUUGCUGCUGCUGUCCGUGCUGUUCCUGCUGCCACUGUCCCCGCUUCUGCCGCUGUCACAACCGCUGCUGUGUCCUGUCCUAGCCCAGCCCAGGGCCCCGCUCCAGCGGCCACCCAAGUGUCUGGACACUAGGGGUGGCUUCUGGGCCACAUAUGGGUGUUGCCACUUCCCACCGGGCGGGGCACCUACCCACCAAGCCGACAGCUCAGCUGGGGCCCCAAGCAAGAGCCCUGGGCCGGGGCCAUGAUAGCAGCCCCAGGGACGCCCUUGACCACCUCCCUCAAGGCCCAGGACCCAGGCAAUAAAGCGGAGCAAACUUUGUG